AUGAUGUCGGAAGAGGCGCCCGCAGACAACGUGCUUCUGGGUUCACGACCAACUCUCGUUUCCACGAGAGCCGCCCAUCUUUCUCCGAAACUCCAGAGAAGAGGAUCGUCGUCAGCCCGAAAAUUCGCAUCUCGGAAUUCGACGCCAGCUAACCAGCGUGUGACACGUCGCUUAACUCGUAGCAGCGUUUCAACGUCGUGCGUCGCUUCCGAAGGCUCGAUGUCGUCGUCGGUGGGACCGGAGGAGAUGUCGUCGUCUUCCUCUUCGCCAUACUUCCAUCCACCAACACCUCAACAGGUGUUGGAUGAUUCUUCUCAACAGUCUCCCAGCUAUUCACAGGAUUCCAAUUCUCCCGAACAACACACUUUCGAGUCAAUGGAAUCUUCUGAAGGUGGAACACCAAGCAGAUAUUCUCCAUCUGGAAGAUCUGAUAUAGACAAUCCAAGUCUUGGAUUGUAUUCUGCACAAGGUUCUUAUCCAUAUUCCUUACGAAAACGUCGGCCUUGUUGCACAAAAGACGAGGAUUUAUGUUUUCCGAUUGCAGCUGCCACAGCUGAUGAGACACCUCAGCCCACAAUGAAAAAGUUCAAAUUGGAGUGCCUUUCACCUGGUGAAGCUAGAAAAGAUUUCUCAAUUGAUGAUGAAAUAAAAGUGGAGAACGCACAUACCAUAGAAGUUAUGGAUGAUGAAGAUCAAGAGGAUUAUAUCAACACUCUCCCUGACGAACUUCUUCUAAAAGUAUUCUCAUUUCUUCCUGACAAGUCUCUUCUUGCUUGUAGUUCUGUCUGCUAUCGUUUCAACCAAAUUUCAAAUAGUCAUGAAGUAUGGAAGGAGCUCUAUUUGAGUUUAUACGACUAUCGUAUUCCUCUUUUCCAUCCAUCUCAUGCCAAAUUUGAAUUCCGGGAACAGAACCGUUGGAGGGAUUGUAAUCCAUGGAAGGAGUCACAUCGACAACUUCAUCAUGGAGUCCACGUCAUGAAGGAGCCUCGUCAGAACUUCCGCGCCAUCAAUUAUCGUUGUUUCGAUCAGAUUGAGCAGGCUCAGACGUUUUUGGAAGAGAACGAAUACAGAGAGAAAUUGAUUUUCUUGCACUCUGGAGUUCACGAACCAAUCGACACCAUCCUUAUCAACACUGAUGUACAGAUUAUCGGAGCUAGUGAUUCAAGAGAUAUUACGUCUUCUGUUGUUCUUGAGGGAAGCCGAAACACUGCCCUCACGUUCACCGAUGGAAGUGCAAAUGCAUAUUUUGGAUUCAUCACAGUCCGGUUUCGUGCUGAUCCACAGUGUCGUCAACAGCAGCAACAAGCACAAAUUGCUCAACAAGUACCUCAAAUGAAUCAUUUUUAUUCGAUUCUGGUAACUGAGAAAGAUGCGAUGCCAUACAUCGAAAGAUGUGAUAUCACUUCAAAAGUUGGAAACGGUGCUGCGGUUUGUGUCAAAAAGGGUGCUGCUCCAAAGGUAAGGACUUUAAAUAGAAGGCGAUUUUCAAAGACUGUGAUUUUUUUCAGUUCAAAUAUUGCACUGUAUUGGAUUGCGAGAAUGUUGGAAUCUACAUUACUGACAAUGCAACUGGACACUAUGAACAUUGUGAAAUUGCUCGAAACACUUUGGCUGGAGUCUGGGUCAAGAAUCAUGCAAAUCCGUAUUUCAGAAAGUGUACGAUCCAUUCCGGGAAAGAUGUUGGUGUAUUCACAUUUGAGUAAGUUAUACUUUCGAAAUGAUAAAUCUCAACUUGUCAUUUUUAGACAUGGACAAGGUUAUUUUGAAAAAUGUAAUAUCCAUUCCAAUCGAAUAUCGGGUAUCGAGGUGAAAAAUUCGGCAAAUCCGGUUGUGGUUCGGUGUGAAGUGCAUCACGGAUACACUGGUGGAAUCUAUGUUCACGAAAGAGGACGUGGCCAGUUUAUGGAGAAUCGUAUCUAUGCGAAUGCGUAUGCUGGAAUCUGGAUAACUUCGCAUUCGGAUCCAACAAUCCGAAAGAAUGAGAUAUUCACUGGACAACAAGGCGGAGUUUAUAUAUUUGGAGAAGGACGAGGACUCAUCGAACAGAAUAACAUCUAUGGAAAUGCGUUGGCUGGAAUUCAGAUUCGCUCGCAAUCCGAUCCAAUUGUUCGCGCGAACAAGAUCCACGACGGACUUCAUGGUGGAAUUUAUGUUCAUGAAAAAGGAAAGGGAUUGAUUGAAGAGAAUGAGGUUUAUGGGAAUACACUCGCUGGUAUUUGGGUGACGACUGGAUCAAGUCCUAUUCUGAGAAAAAAUCGGAUUCAUUCUGGAAAACAAGUUGGAGUGUACUUCUACGAUCAAGGUCAUGGUCUUCUGGAGGACAAUGAUAUCUUCAACCAUCUUUACUCUGGUGUUCAAAUUCGAACCGGAUCCAAUCCGAAAAUCACAAGGAACAAAAUUUGGGGAGGACAGAAUGGAGGUGUCUUGGUAUACAAUGGAGGAAAAGGAUGCUUAGAAGACAACGAAAUCUUCGAUAACGCAAUGGCAGGUGUAUGGAUCAAAACUGACAGUGAGCCGACACUUCGAAGAAACAAGAUUUAUGAUGGAAGAGACGGCGGAGUAUGUAUUUUCAAUCGUGGAAAAGGUCUUCUCGAGGAUAAUGAAAUCUUCCGAAAUGCCCAAGCAGGUGUUCUCAUUUCGACGGAAUCCAAUCCAAUUCUACGAAGAAAUCGAGUUUUCGAUGGAAAAUCGGCCGGAAUUGAGAUCACGAAUGGUGCAACAGCAACACUGGAAGAAAAUCAAUUAUUUAGAAAUAAAUAUGGAGGACUUUGCGUGGCUACUGGAGUCAAUCCUGUUCAAAAGAAUAAUCACAUUUACGACAACCACGAUACAAUUGGACGAGCCUUGAAAUCUGGACAAUGCCUCUACAAAGUGAGCAGCAACAACAGUUUUCCAAUGCACAAUUUCUUUAGAUGCACCACGUGCAAUACAACCGAACGUAACGCUAUUUGCUACAACUGCAUCAAACAUUGCCAUCGUGGCCAUUCAGUGGAGCUGGUGAGAUUCGAUAGAUUCUUCUGUGAUUGCGGAGCCGGAACACUGGAGCGUCACUGUCAUCUUCAGAAUGUGCCACGUGACAACGACACCGUCUAUGACUCAGCGACCCCGAUCUCUACCGAGACAGGCACAGAAAUUUAA